UUCAUUUGGUUACUUAACAUAAAUUGUUUUCUUUGUUGCUUAUUUACGUUAAAAUAGAAACUAAGUAUUUAACAAUUAUAAUAAUGCUGUUACAACCUUUAGCAACAUUUGGACAACAUCAGUUGCGUUCAUUAUCUUCAGCAACGGCAGCAGUCACACGUCUUCAUCGCUCUGUUUAUAGUCGCAUGUAUCCAACAGUGGUUGUGCAGCCAGAUGGUUCCACAAUAACUAUACGAUAUCAUGAGCCCAGAAAAAUUAUUAAAUUGCCGUUGGAUUUAAGUACGCUAUCUGAGGCUGCACGGAAAGCACGUUUAGAGGCACGCAAACCACGCAAGAAGGUUAAAAUGGUUGAAGAAGUUGACGAUAGUUUUAAUGCUAAGAAGUAUAUGAAAUAUAUGAAGAAAAAAUAAUGCUAAACAAGUUAAAUAUACAAAUAUUUUUGUUAAAAUGAA